GUGGAACCAAUGAACCAUCAUCAUGUAUAAUUGCAGCUCAACUUGCUCUACUACACCAAACACUAAUCUGGCUGGAGGACAUCUACGCUCUAGCCACCAUCGAAGCGUUGACAUUGUGGCCUGGGUUGUCGUCGUCUUCCUCAAAGCUCAGGAGCGCCGUGGUGAUCCAGAUCUCGCCCAUCUCUGCUCACGGCCAGCGGGUUCUACAGGACUAGCUACUUAACUGUACUUCACUGCUCGUUGGUGCUGCACCGUGGUGUUGAUUGUGAAUGGAUAGCGACAUUAGCAUCAGACACAAAGUUGACCUGGAGCGCAUGCUGCUUGAUGGAAGUACAGAGCCAACACGCCUGGCGUUAUCACUUCUAGAAGACAUCACAAAUGGUUUCUCUGAUGAUCAGGAAAUUGGCAGUGGUGGGUUUGCGGUAGUUUAUAAGGGAAUGGUGGGAAAAGGGAUGGUCGCUGUUAAGAAGCUGUCCAAAACAUUUGGUGUGCAUGAGAAUAAAUUCUAUAAAGAGGUUGAGUGCCUAAUGAAGGUCAAGCACAAAAACAUAGUGCGUUUCCUGGGAUAUUGUUCCGACACGCAAGGGAGAGCUGCAAAUUGCGAAGGGAAAUUUGUCAUGGCAGAGCUGCGAAAUUGGUUGCUAUGUUUUGAGUAUGUAGUGAACGGAAGCCUCGAUAAGUAUGUUUCUGAUGCAUCUCAUGGACUUGAAUGGAGGGAGCGCUACGAUAUUAUCAAGGGAAUAUGUGAGGGCUUACUUCAUCUUCAUGAGGAACGCAUUCUCCACUUAGACCUGAAGCCUGGUAAUAUAUUGGUAGAUGAUCACAUGGUACCCAAAAUUGCUGAUUUUGGUCUAUCAAGGUGCCUUGAUAAAGAGCGAACCCGGGCUUCUACUUUAAACCCAUGUGGAUCAAUGGGAUAUUUGGCACCAGAAUCUUUCGGAGGGAAACUCACAUUCGCGUCAGACAUAUACAGUCUUGGCGUUAUCAUCCUGGAAAUACUGACAGGAGAGAAGGGGUAUCCAGAACAUGAGGAUGUGGUUAAGACUUGGAUGAAUAGGUUGGAGGGAUCAGAUCAAUCGGAGGCACACUUGGAGCAAGUUAGAGUAUGCAUCAAGAUAGGCAUGGAAUGCAUUGACUCGGGCCCAAAGAAGAGACCAGUUGCACGGCAUAUAAAUGAUAGGCUUGAUAAAAUGGCAAGUACCAUGGAAACUGGCAUCAGUAGUUCAUCAUUUGAACAAGUUAGUUUCCUAAAGGAACAAUGCUGUGAAGAGAAAGUUGCAAAGCUUUCAUCUGAGUACCUUGGAAAGGACAUCAAGGAACAUGCUGAAACAGAAGAACUUGCAAAAUAUGUUGGGGCACCUAAAGAAGAUCAUUGGCAGCAAAUUCGAGAAAAAGCUCCAGGUGAUCAAUGGUCAUUAUGGGGAGCGCAAGAUACAAAUCAAAAUGUCAUCCCACAAGGUGCGAGCAUUUCUAGCUUUUGCUCUGGUUUUCUCCACAAGUUGUACAAUAUGGACAUCUUCAACACAAAAGCACACUUGAAUUAUGUAAGGGACAGUGGGCUUACGUUGCAGAGAGCAAAACAACUGAGACCUUUCAAAAGGGAUGAGCUCGAGCCAUUUUUAAAGGAUUUUUAUUUCAUUGGAAGAGGUGGCUUUGGAGAAGUUUACAUGGGACUUGUUAAUGAUGUACGAGUCGUAGUAAGGAAGCUGAUUAGUGGUACUAUGUCGGAGAAUGGGGAGCCAUUUCCAAAUGAAGUCGGCAACCAAUGUGAACUUAUUCACAGAAACAUCGUUAGGCUCAUAGGUUAUUGCUUUGAAGUUGACACGCCAGCGCUAGUCUAUGAGUAUCCCUCCAGAGGUAGCCUCCAUGACAUUCUUCACAGCAACAGGGUGCCUCUCAACUUGGAUUUGCGUUUAAGUAUAGCUGCAGAAUCAUCAAGCGCUCUAGCUUACAUGCAUUCAUUUGGCAUGUGUAAAAUCUUAUUUGGUAGUUUUAAACCAUCUUAUAUACUCUUGGAUGACAACUUUAUGGCUAAGGUCUCAUACUUUGGCAUGUCAAGCAUGGCUGCGGGACACAACGGAACAAUCGAUGGUGAAAUGGUUUAUAUGGAUCCAGCGUAUGUACAAACAGGCCUGCUAACCGGAAAAAGUGAUGUCUACAGCUUUGGAGUUACCAUCUUGGAGCUUGUUACUAGGAGGAAGGCCACACAUUCUGACAAUAACAGCUUGGUGAGGAAUUUCCUUGAGAAUCACAAGAUGGGGAGGAAAUCAACUGAGUUGUUUGAUGAGGAAAUUGUAGUGUCAAAAAAUCCGGAGUUUAUUGAGAUUCUUGCAAAAAUUGCUGUGGAGUGUAUUAACCUCUAUCCGGACGAAAGACCGACAAUGGAAGAUGUUGCAGACCGUCUUUCCGCACUGAAUGAUUACCGUAGACAAGGUGUGAGCUUGCAUUCUUUAUAG